AGCCUCCCGAGGAGUUUUAGUUGUCACAAAUCAAGGGAUCUGCACGGUCCGACUGAAUGACGGAGGAUUCCAAGAAUCUUGGGUGGCCUUGAAGUGUUAAAUGAUGACAGCCAGAGGAGACGAGUGCUUGGAGCGUCCGACCUUCGGCCAGUUUUUCCAGCUGGGCAUGUUGUACGACUGUUGCUCGGAAACGACAAACUCUGGAAUCACACUGUGGGACUCUGAGACUCUCAACAGCCACACUAAAACUGAGGCUCGACCAAACACGACAUUCCAGCUGAUCUCAUCUGGUUCAUUCAAAGCCAAAGCUAAGGGCCUCGCUAUUGGUCCUCCUCUCAGGGCAAGUCUUUCAAGUGGACUGAUUUCAUUAAAGGACUCAUUUGCAUAUUUGAAUAUUAAUGAGCAAUCCUCACACAAAGUAUGCGUUGGCCUGCUGGUUCAGAUAUCAUCCAAGUACAAGGAAUUGAGGAUGACAGAGCUGAAGGAGCUGAAUACCGCCCACCCAAAUGUCAUCGACCAAGCGAAGGUAACACAUGUUGUCUCCGCGAUGCUGUACGGUGUGCAAAUUUUUGUGACGUUUGAGAUUUCUACCCUAUCAUCUGAUGAGAAAGAUGAUCUUCGGGGCAAACUGGAGCUGCUGAUCAAAAGUAAACUUGUUCAGAAGGGAGGCCAUGAUGUGCAUCUCUCUGAUGAAGAAUCAACAGUCGCUAACAGACUCCAAUGCAUUUUCUUUUCUGAUUUUCAUUCUUCCAAUGAUCUCGUGAAUUUUGAAGAGGCCUGUGAUAUUAUUUCUACCCUACCAGAUUUGCUUGGAGAAAACGGGGAGAACGCUGUGCCAAUGAAAGUGUGGCUCCAGCCUGUAAGUUACGUGGACUCCAAGGCUUCCCCGAUUGUUCAUGAGGUGCCAGUGAGUCUAGUUGAAUCUUUACAGGCUACCCUGGACCACCUCGACAACUUCACCACUUGGUGUUCAGCAGCCCUGGAAGAUGAGGCUACAUUGACAUUCCCAGCAUUUAAAAAGAGGUUCCAAAAACUCCAAAGUCUCUGUAUGGAGUACAAGUCAUCUUUCCAGACUCGUUUGUCGAAAAUGAUUCCCUCAGUCCGUAGAGGUGAAAAGUCAGAAAAUGCGAUUGUGGAAAUUCUGAAAGAACACGAUCAGUCCCCAUUUGGUUCUGUUUCUUUAAAGGCAUGUCUGGAUGACAAAGAGAAGGAGAUGGCAAUCAUACGUUCUUAUUUGAAGAUGCUAGCUGGUUUCAAGGUGGUGUCUUCAGGCUCUCAGUUUGACUCGGAAAUCUUAGACCCAGAAGCCGAACAUGUGGUCUGUUUUAUGGUUACAUCUUUGAAAGAGAAAGAACCUUACCUGUUGGAUAUGUCCAGCUAUCUCGAUUCCCUCAGCAAUGGAACUCCAGCAAGCCAAGAAUUAAUUGGCUAUGAUUAUGAAAAGCGAGCUGGUGAACGUUGGUUCAAAAUGCCUUCCGUGUCCAAAAAGAUGCGAAGCAUGGCCAGAUAUUUUGUGGAAUUUGCAAAGACUAAUGCAGCCGCAGGGCAGGUGAAAUUCAUUGUGGCUUCCUGUGAAGAUGUCGACCAUGCUGGUGCCUCCAUUUACUGUUACGACGACGGCAGUUUGGAGAACACAGACUUUGAACUCCCAUCAAAACCUGAUCCUCCUCAAAUUGUGCAGACAAAUCAAGAUCAGGUGACAGUAAAGUUAAACCUGCCGAGUCAAGGGGCGACACACGUCGAUAAACUUAGGCUUGAGUACAAGGAGGACAAAGAGUCUGACUGGUCCAUGAAGGUUGUUUCAUCUGGAGAAGAAUCAUUUUGUGUAAAAGACUUAAUUCCCAACACUAAAUAUCAGUUCAGAUAUGCAGCGAUGUGUAAAGUGGGUGUUAGUAGUGUGAGCAACAUAACUGAAGCUACAACGAUGGCCUCAACAAGUGACUCCAGAAACACAUCAGAGACGGAGCAGCCUACUGAAAAUGUAAUUCCACAGAAGGAGAGUUCUACACCAACAGGGCCUUGUCCAGAUAGUAAAAGAGAUGAACAUCAAAGUGGUGUCCCCAAGGCUCAGGACCAACAUGUAGACAUGAGUGGAAAGCCAAAACCAAACAGCUAUGACAACACAACACCAGCACAGCCACAAUCGAGAAACAGGCAAAGAAACCAAGAAGGGAAACAACGAAGACGACUAGCGUUGCAUGUCCGUGAUAAAAUGAGCCGGAAGAAUAAAUCCAGUGCCCAAAAAGGAUUAAAGAUGUCAUUGCAUAAUCUAAAACUAAGUGAAGAAAAUCUUAAUCAAGAUGGAAAUUGCAGAAGGGUAAGAUUUGGAUAUGCAAGCAAUAAAGGCAACAGGACCAUCAUGAUGAUCGGUGCAACAGGAGCAGGUAAGACAACACUCAUCAACGGUAUGAUCAACUACAUCCUUGGCGUGGAAUGGACCGAUAACUUCAGAUUUGUCCUAAUUGAUGAGCAAACACAGAAGUCUCAAGCGGAAAGCCAGACUUCAGCCGUCACAGCUUAUGAAAUCAAUCAUAUGGAGGGGUUCAAGGUCCCAUAUUCUCUCACCAUUGUGGACACGCCAGGGUUUGGGGACACAAGAGGAAUCAAACACGAUCAAAGGAUCACCGGACUGAUCCGUGACUUUUUUUCUCAACCCGGAGGCAUUGACCAUAUUGACGCCAUAUGCUUUGUAACACAAGCUUCGCUUGCCCGCCUGACUCACACACAGCGUUAUGUUUUUGAUUCAAUCCUGUCGAUUUUUGGUAAGGAUAUUGCAGACAACAUCGUGAUGUUGGUCACAUUUGCUGACGGACAGAGCCCCCCUGUUUUAGAAGCAAUUAAGGCAUCUCAGAUUCCUUGUUCUGUGAAUGGAAAUGGCGAGCCCACGUACUUCAAAUUUAAUAACUCUGCCCUCUUUGUGGACAAGUCAAGUCCCAAAGGGGCAAAUAAAAACGAGUUUGAAAGUGAUGAUUUUGACCACAUGUUCUGGAAGAUGGGCUCAUAUAGUUUAAAAAAAUUUUUUAUGUCGCUCACUAGCUUCAGCCCUAAAAGUUUGGUUUUAACCCAAGAGGUUCUCAAAGAACGUCAGGAGCUUGAGGUCGCCAUCGAAGGCUUGCAGCCCCAAAUUAAUGCAGGCCUGACAAAGCUCGAUGAAAUUAAGAAGAUCAAAUACGCCCUCGAGCAGCACAAAGCAGAAAUGGAAGCAAAUAAAGACUUUGAGUAUGAAAUUGAUGUCACAAAUCCAGUGCAAGUAGAAAAUACAAGCAGCCGGUACUUGACCAACUGUCAAAACUGUCACUUCACAUGUCAUGAUAGCUGUAUAUAUGCAGAUGACAAAGACAAAGACAAGUGUUGUGCUAUGGAUAAAAAAGGUUACUGUAAAGUAUGUCCUGGAAACUGUGUCUGGAAUGUUCACUUCAACCAGAAGUACAAAUGGACGUAUGUGACAACAAAGAAAAAGAGAACUUACAAUGAGCUUAAACAGCGCUUUGAAGAGGCUCAUGGUGAAGUGAUGACAACCAAAAACAUUUUUGAACAGCUAGAAAUUGAAUUUUCGGUUGUGCAGGAAAUAGUCUUUGAGCUAAUCCAGAAAUCUCAUCAUUGUCUCGAGAAACUGAAGGUGAUAGCACUGAGGCCAAAUCCACUCUCUGCUCCGGACUACAUUGACCUGAUGAUCGAGUCGGAGAAACGCGAAUGCAAACCAGGGUUUCAAGAUCGGAUUCAGUCCUUGAUGGAGGUGCGUCAGAAAGCGGAGAUUGUAUCAAAGAUGUCCUCAGGGGACCUUCUGCCAGAGGAGUGGACACAAUAUGGCAGCAGAAAAGUGAAAGGAAGGGGUAUGUUUGGGACUGUCAAAGACUGGCUGUGCAGUGCUUUUAAAGGUAGACAGCCUCCGUCACUUCCCAAACCGAUGGAGAUCUCAUUCCCCAGCACUCAGUUUGGCCCCCAACAUGGACAGGCAGGAUAUAUUUAUUUUGGGACUAACAACACAACUGACAGUAUGGACAGGGGAAGGGGAGGGUGGAGGGACUGGGGUAGAGGUAGGGGCAGAGGCAGAGGUUGGGGUGAUGGCAGAGGUAAAGGUGAAGGAGACUGGAGGAGUGGCGGUGUAUAUUGGGGUCAAAGUGGGUCUGGGAACAGAGGUAGAAAUGACGGAGAUUGGAGAGGCAGAGGAUAUAAUAGAGGUAGGGGUAGAGGCAACAGACGUGGAAACUGGCAGAGCAAUUCCUUUAAUGACUAAGCGAUCAGAGGAGUUCAAGGUACUUUAAAAGAAAAUGCUGCCGCCAUCAACAUCUCCAUUUAGACUUCAACAGAACAUCACAGCUGGCUAGAAGGUUGAGAAAGUGUGGUUGUAACUGCAGUAGGUCCAUUAGGAGACAUGAAACAAUACGGUUAUCCUUCGAUGUUGUGAGUCAGCCUGAUAUGAAAUCUUCAUAACAAUAAUGUAUUUCGUGUUUGGUAUUACUUCUUAGGCAUUUGUAAAUUUAACCUUUGCAAAAUUAAUUGAUCAGUAUGCAAAUAUGCAAAUUUUUACGAGAUCACCACAGUUCCUCAGAUAUUUACAUGGUGUGAGCCCUGCAAGACUCAAUCUGGAUUGGAAUCAGUAUUGGGAAUGAAUCCUAUGUUAUAUAGCGCCUUUGCACAUUGAACACUUUUCCCAAGGUGUUGUAAUGCAUUGUGGAUUGCACAGAAUGAUAUACAUACAACCUGCAACUUGGCUUUUUAGAAUUGUAUUUUAUAUACGGUACCUUUCCAUCCUGAACACCAACCGAAAGUGACCUAGAGAUCCCUGAUGAUCAUUUCCGUAUUUUGUUUUAUGAUGUGACCUCUGACCUUUGAACUGCCUUUCCCGAGGUUUCUUCCAUUUU